GUUUGGUAGGAUGGGCGGAUCCGGCUACUGACUCUGUUCACCCUCCUGUGUUACUGAGUAGUAGAACAGUAACAGACUCCUUUUGGACCAGCAGAGCAGUAAGACUCUCCCUCACAGCAGACCUGGAGGAUGGCCAACGUCCAGGUGCCUGUUGGUAUGUCCUACUGUACUUUGGUGGCCAUCGGUGCGUUUGGGGACAGUCCUGUCCAGAUGACCUGUCCUACCUGUCACCAGACCGUGGUCACUAAGGUUGACUUCUCCUCUGGUGUCCUCACCUACCUCUUCUGUGGAGGACUCUUCUUCUGUGGGUUUGUUCUGGGUUGCUGUCUCAUCCCGUUCUGUUUCGACAGGCUCAAAGACGCCAAGCACACGUGUCCCUCCUGCAAGACCCUCCUGGGGGUUUAUAAGCGCUUAUAAGCCCAUAAUAACCAGCAGGAGACUCCCGUGUCUUUUGGGAAGCUAGCUACAACAUUGUGUCUUGUCUUCUGAGACAAGUUGCUCUUCCAACACAGUCUGUUGUUUCUCUCAGCUUCCACCCAGUAGAACUGCUUCUACACCUGCAUUGCUUGCUGUUUGGGGGUUUAGGCUGGGUUUCUGUACAGCACUUUGAGAUAUCAGCUGAUGUACGAAGGGCUAUAUAAUACAUUUGAUUUGAUUUGAUUUGAACUGCACAGCAGGCUACCACGUGUUUGAAAGACAAAUUAGAUUUAACUCAAUAGAACAAUUUAACUGUCACAGAAUGUUGUCAUUGACAGUGUUCCGUCCCAUCCUGCCCUGUCCCUUGCUAUCCAGUUAACGGUUGCCUUGGCAACGGCAAAAAUGUGCGACUUAAAUUAGAUUUAACUCAAUAGAACAAUUUAACUGUCACAGAAUGUUGUCAUUGACAGUGUUCCGUCCCAUCCUGCCCUGUCCCCUGCUAUCCAGUUAACGGUUGCCUUGGCAACGGCAAAAAUGUACGAUUUCAAUUAGAUUUAACUCAAUAGAACAAUUGAAUUGUCAUUGACAGUGUUCCAUCCCAUCCCGCCCUGUCACUUGUUAUGCAGUUCACCGCUGCCUUGGCAACGGUAAAAUAUGUGUGCCAUAGAAAUAGACAAUGUAGAAUGUGAGUAUUCAUGGUUUGAUGGUUGUUGUAUGAUCUGUAAGUUAUAUUACUCUAAUUGUCUCAAUGCAGCACCGUGAGUCUUUCUGAUUGAGUACUGUACUGGUUUGUUAGGAAUAAACUGAGCCCUGAAAAAUACAAUAAUUUCACAACCGCUAAAAUAUUUUGUUAAUUUGUAGAAAAACUAUUUGUUUUUAUUAUCAGAUCUUAGUUCAUAGGCUGUUUAUUUCUUUAUAAAUAAAAAUAAAAAAAUUAGGGGGGGGAUUGUGUAAUAAUAUACAUUUUUAUUAAUUAAAUCAUACAUUCAACAUCUGCUAUUUAGUAUCAUCAAAUGGCAGCAUUGAGAAGACAGACAACAGUUUGAGCUGACAUGAACAAAAGCACAGUGACAUUCUAAUGACAUCAAUCAUUCUGCACUAGAGGAAUUGGUUGUCAUGACAUUGAACAGGGUUUUGGCUCGGUGGAUAAGUGUUGGAGAUACUAACCCUGAGAAAAACAAAAUGGCUGUCCCAGAAAGACGACAUCACCAACACAAGACUUCUUUGUCAUGUAAUGAAAUACCUUCAUAUUUUCACCCAAAGGCAAAGACAAAGGGCUCUAUUCAAUCCACAUCGUGGAAGUUCAGCAUUACAGCAUAAUUUAAAUUGAAAGGCAAUGUUCCCGUAGCGUAGACUGCAUUCAUGGUAAAUGCUGCAGAACUUGGCUCAAUAGGAAAUGACCUUUCAGCUACACAGACUGAAUAGAGCCCUACAAAUUCUUCUUUUAAACAAC